UGCGUUACUCUCCGCUUUAGUCGCUUUCUUAUUUUUCUAGCGUUAACACACGCGAGCGAGCGCGUACCCGUUGGUUCGCUCGAAACGGCAAUCCCGGCAUUCGCGGUUGCGUAAAUUUUGAUUUCUCCCAACGGUGGGUUUCGAUUCGCGCGCGCGCUUACGGAAAUUAGCCGUUUGGCAAAUGCACCGAGUUUGGGGGUAGGAAAAUUGUUAUAGAGAAGAAGUGAAAAAAAAAACAUACCAUAAAGUGCCGUUCCAGUGCAGUAUUUUUGUUGUUGUUUUUGUGUGGUCACUGUGGUGGUGCAUUGUGCGUGAAGGUGAACCGUUGGAAGGAGGCUCCAGCAAAAAGGUGUGUGUUUGUGGCGUGUGUUUUGAGCCGCUUCAUCCGCUGGCCCGUUUGCCAAACUUUCACUGCAAAAACAUACACGCACACAUGCACAAAAUUGCACGACGCGACCGGCAUUUUGCGUGUUUGUUGUUGUCAGUUGAAAGCAAAUUGAAGCAAGCAAAGGAUCAAGGGUUAGUUCGAGGAAGAAAGUGGCACUGUACUGUCAAUAUUACCGAUCGCCUUCGGUACGCCUGACAGGUGUGCUCAGUGUAUUUGAAUGUCAUCAAAUGAUCAAAAACCGGUUGUGUGCGUUCGAAACAAAAGAGUUCUAGUUUACGGAGUUCGCUUCGCACACAGCACGACAAUAGAAAUAGACGCAAUCGGCGCGAGGGCGAAAGUAUUGGUGCCGGUGUGAGUAACAGAGAGAGAGAGAGAGAAGGAAGAGGACACGGUGCUGCACACCUGUAGCAGUACUAUGUCUUGUCAGAAGAAAGAGAUGGCAGACGCAGCGAGCUAAACAAUUCACCGCAGUCCGUGUUCUGUGCGCUUUGUAAAGGGGAAGCACAACAUAAGGGAAUGGGCAAGCCCUGGGAAAGGAAUUCUUGCCGGUUGCUCAAGUGUCGCACGCGAUCGAUGCUAAACACAUACGCGCACCAAGCGGUUGGUCUGAUUCAUCCCUCAUCUGUUGUGGGGUAGAAGGGGGAAGCGAAAAAGGCCGAGAAAACCCAACCAUUCUCGAUCGUUUGUGUGGAAAGUGUAGAGCAUUUAAGCGUGUACCGUGGGCGCCGAUGAGAUCGUCAAGUAAGUCGAUCACACGCACCCGCCACACGGGGAAGGAAAAUCCCUAAAGCGAGCAUAAAAAAAAUAACGCCAGUGAGUGAAACGAAACGAAAAGAGAGGAAAAACCCGCGCGCUCUCACAUCAACCCCGAGAAGAGGAAAUAGAAAUCGUUGCGUGCUGCGUGUGGCUUAUGCUACUGAUGAUCUAUUACAUUGCGUUUGUGUGUGUGUGCGUGCGUGUGUAACUGUGCUGUAUUGUCGCGAUUCCGUCCGGUUUUCCCUCACCCCUGCUCGAUCUGUGUCACGCGUGAAGUGAAAAGUCGCCCGCGCAACUAAAAGAAAAUACAAGCGCCUUCCCGACAACCAUCGCUACUCCAGCGUUUAAGGAGUAGGACGUGGUGCUGGUGGUUGAUCGUUUGUGAUAGUGUGUGAUUAGUUUUUGCUUAUAAAAGAGUGCGUCCACAGAGUGCGUGCGGAACCGGAUUGAAGGGCCGGGAAAAUAGAGCACGGGCAAAGAAAAACAGCCGUUGACCAAAAAUGUGCAGCCUACUUUCGCUGGUUGCGUUCGGGUUGGUCCUGCUGGCCGUCCCGGGGCUGGCCGGAACUCGGCCCCAGGAGGUCCGGAUCAACAAAUGCUGCCGGCUGGGCGAGUUCUACAACGUGGCCGAGCGGCAGUGCGUGGCGGGCGGUAUAGCCAAAUGGGUGCCGCGCAUCUUCCUCCCCGCCAAGGGUCAACUGUACAAGGAUCUCGGCUCGGCACCACCGUUCAUGAAGUUUGCCGAACAGCAGCAACCGGACACCUGCCCCCGGCCGAACGUGUACGCCGUCGAUCUGGUCACGCUGAUGGGCAAUGGGUCACUGUUCCUCAACCAGAAGCACGUGCUAGUGCCCGUACCGGACUACUGUAUCGAUGAGAAGGUGGCCCUGGUGUGUCCGGAGCGCCCGACCGAACCCCCGGCAGCCGACGGUACGAACGGCGGUGGUCAGAUGGAUUCCCUUCAGGCGCCGGAAAAGACGAGCGUUGUGUUGCGCUGCUGCGGUUCCAACUUUGCGUACGAUCGGGGCAAUCGGACCUGCUCCAAGUUGCCGCGCGGCCACGAGCUGUACGAUUCGCGCAUCGUAAACUCCCCGUACGUGGAGCUGAGCUACGGAUUUCCGGCUUGCAAGGAGCACGCGAUCGCGGGCGCUUUCGAGGAGUCCCGGCUGCAGGAACAGACCGGCUCGGUAACGACCGACUCCGGCAAGAUCUUUGCGUCGGGCGAGUUCUGCCUGGAGCAUGUGCGGGACGACGAUCGGACGGUGUACGUGUUCACGUGCGCCGAGCACUUCCAGCCGGCUUCGGUGCCGAUUGCGAAGCAGGACGGCCGGUUGGUCCUCUACUCGGCCGGGCUGCUCAUCUCGACCAUCUUUCUGGCGGCGACGCUCGCCACCGGUCUGCUCGUACCGUCCCAGCAUCACGUGCUGCACUGGCGCUGCCAGACGCACUACGUCGCCUGCCUGCUCGUGGGCGAUCUGCUCCUUGCCAUCACUCAACUUUCCGGCAACUCCAUCACCGGACCGGCCUGCACACUGAUAGCAAUCUCCAUGCAUUUCUUCUUCCUGGCUGCGUUCUUCUGGCUCAACACGAUGUGCUUCAAUAUCUGGUGGACUUUCCGUGAUCUACGGCCAACGUCGCUGGAGAAAAGCCAGGAAAUCUGUCGGCUGCGCAUCUACGAGGUGUACGCGUGGGGUGGCCCGCUGGUCUUUGCCGGCGUGGCGGCGAUUCUGGACAACCUGCCGGACAGCAACGAUACGUACUUGAGGCCACGCUUUGGUGAAGCAAAAUGCUGGUUCUACGGUAAUAUGGAAAUGCUGACCUACUUCUUCGGCCCGAUCGGCAUCCUGCUCGGCAUCAAUCUGCUACUGUUCGCCUCGACCGCCCGCCAGCUGACCUGUGGCCUAUGGAAGCGGGACGAUGUCAAGUCUACGACGGAACGCCGCGGUUUGGUUUCUUCUCCCUCUUACAGUGCCGCGCUGGGGCGCGUCUGCCUCAAGCUGGUGGUCGUGAUGGGUGUCACCUGGGUGGCGGACGUCAUCUCCUGGGCCGUCGGCGGCCCGAACUACAUCUGGAUCGUGACCGAUCUGAUCAACGCGCUGCAGGGCGUCUUCAUCUUUAUCGUCGUCGGCUGUCAACCGCAGGUCUGGGCCGCCAUGAAGCGCUUGUGGAACUCGAAAACGGGCCGCUCGUUCACGAACACCACGCACGGUCCGCAGCACUCCAGCUCGUCGCACGGGCUGCCCUCGAUGGGCGAAUCGAUCACGAACAACACCUGCACGAACAACACGACCACCACCACCUCCAACCGGGUGCCGAUGGAAACGGUCUGCUGAGCUGUCCCCGGGGCCUGUGGGUAAGGGUAGACCACUGCACAUAAUCGACGGAGACGGGAUUGAUGCGGGGAUCACACAGCUAAGCGGACCAAAAACUCAUACAACACACACACACACCUAAACUUCUAACGACGAAGAUGCCACCAAGAUGUGUCGAAAGCAACCGGUAAUCGACGAUGGCCAAAUGCGUGCCCAAAUGUACGCGAAAUGGUCGGAAUAUAGUGUUUUUAUCAUCCAUCAUCAUCCUCAUCCUUAAGAUAGCAUCAGCGGGUCGCGCGCGAUUAGCAAAUCAUCCUCUCAGCAAUAUGAUCCUCUCGUGGAUGUGUGUGUAUUUGUGGGGAAGAGCGUGGAAAAAUAUUUAAUUUAAUCACUGGGAAGACUUUUGGGGAAGACUGUGCAGAGUAUUCGUAGCGAAUUACGAAGCCGAAUUUGAAGCCUGGUUUAAUGUUUGGGGGAAGUGUUGAGUACACUGUGACCAGCCAAAAAACACACUUAAAGUUGUUUUGUUUCUGGUUCCACCAUUUUCCACCCCGAGCAGUUCGCUUACCUUCACGCUAAUAGUUUGUAGAAAAAGUAUACAUAAAUACAUAGAUCGCCUACAUACUUGAAGGACUUGAACGGAGAGCCCCUGUGUUGUACUGUGAACAAACAAAAAAACAAACAAACAAACAAGCCAGGGAGCAAAGGAUGCAAGUACACAUAUACUAAUACGGAUAAUAAUUAAUAUUUAAUAAAAUCAGUCAUGUUUCGACACUCAUUCUCUCACUCACACCAAGUUCAUGCUAAACCAUGCUAAAUAGGCAACGGGCGGCUUCAGGCACAAACAAUCCUUUCUUACAAAGGGGAGUUUGUUUGGGAGGGAGAACGAACACGUUGAAUGUGGAAGUGAAUUGAACAUCAAUAAUGAAGACUGAUCAUCGAAGAUCAAUGAUUGGGUUUAAAUUGACAGUUCUCUCCAUAUGGCUCCCCUUUUUUGAAACGGACGCUUGAAUCCUCUGCCACACAACAAAUACGCAUUCUUAGUAUAGGGAUUAGCAAUUAACAUUAACAAUUUUUAAUUUAAAAAAAAAACAACGUAGCUACAGAGAAGACGUAUACUAAGCACGAUGAUGCCUCGAACCUCGAAUUUGAUCGACAGUUAUGAUCGACUUUCUUUUGUUGUAAUAAGUAGUGUAGAAUGAUUGCCAAAAAUCGAAAUCCCAAAAAAGUGUCCCUGCAAACCGGGAGAACCGAACAGAACAGGAGAAGAAGGAGCCAAUUUGAGUUAUGCGAAGGCAUGGGGAAGCGCGUUACGAUCGAGCGAUGAUCACGCCGUUGUGUACAUUUUAUGUUAUGACAUUAGUUUUAGCUGUUGCUCGGUCCAAGGGGGGGUAGGCAUUGAAGAAGGGCGGUCCCUCUGCCAGGCCAGGUCAACAACAACGCUGUCGCACAAGAAUGCAUUAGCCUGUACGGUAUAUAUAUAUAUUGAGUUUAGUUAUUGUUAUGUUAAACACCCAAAACACUGCCCUACUGCCUCUAUUACUCCGGUAGCUUCACCGGUAGCGUUGCUUUUGCUUUGUUUUCAUUUCCAACAAAUUUAAUUUGGGGAGAAAAAAGGCGAUUUUCGAAGCAUUAUUUACUGAGCUUUACUUAAGUUUAUAAGUCCGUUUGCGUUUCUUUCUAGCGAAGGUUUUGUGGCAGCCUCAUGCGAGCCACUGUGUAACGCGUGUCUUUUACUUGUAGCCGGAAGAGAGUAUUAAUUACUUAACACACCUUAUAUGACUCCCUUUCACGCGCUCCACCACUCAUUUGCUGUAACACAAUGUGUAUUUAUGUAAAUAGUGUAUAAAACUUUGAUUCGAAUGUGUUAUAUGCAGCUUCCAGCAUCAACAAACAAAAAACGGGACAAAUUGUUCUCCUCGUUUUUAUCUCCUCGGUUUUGAUUGAUCCAUCUGAAGCCAAGUUCUCAAGUGAUCGUGGGUAGGGGCGAUUGUUUGAAGUCGAAUGUAACACAACACAGUUAAAACACAAUAUGUAUUUAAACGCGUCGUGUUUGAUAAUCGUGUCCUUUUUAAAACUAUAUACACAUACGCAUACAAGCACGAGUAUAAAGAACGUGUGCAUUAAAGGUAAUUAAACUAUUAUACUAUUUCUGAACAUAUAACAGCGAGAAACAAAACAAAACAAAAUGGGAAAACAAUAACGCAAAUAAAACGAAAUUAGAGCAAUUUACGGUCGAAAGCAGCGGGAGCAGCAAAGGGGAGUAACAAUUCGGAAUCGGUAUCGGUUUUUUUGUGUAUGUAUUCUACACGUUUUAGAAACGUUUACAAAAUUUUAUGCCAAAACGGAACGAUCGGAAAUUAAAAAAAUCGGUACAUUUUUUAUGUCGCGAAGCAAGCAAAAUAAAAUAAAAAAACGGAAAAUUAUUAGAAAUUAAUAAACGAAUAAAAAAACGUAAUAAACAAGCCGCCCACCGGAACUGCACACAUUGAAGUCAUACGUAGAGAUAUACAAAUACAUUUAAAAAACACAGUUUCACAAUCGAAAUCACAAUUACAAAUGAAUAGCCGUUACAUAUUUCAAUGAGAAUCAGACGUUAAUGUUCAUUCAAUCCACAAUAGAAACAUUUCACAUAAAACAAAAAUCUUCUGCAGUAGAGCAUUUUUUCCUCCCAAUUAAAUUGAAAAUAAUACCAUAUAAAAUAGCGAGAAAACCCAACAGGAAACGUUUCUAAAGUAAGAUGGAAGAAGCUUUCCUUGAACUUUCCUAUACUCACACCCGCUCACACUCCAGCACAUGGAGCUGGGAUAGAAUUGGGAUUUUGCAUAAUCGAAGCAGGCAUCGAAGCAUCGGCGCAAAACAAACACACAAAAACGAACUGGCAGCAGCGAAUGCAGCAGAAUCAAUUAAACUUUCCUCUCCAAUUAAGCUAAAAAGCGUAGUUAAUCAAUUCACGCGAUAGAUGUACUAAUCCGGCAAUAGGGUGAUAAAUAGCAGUAACAUAUGCAAAAAAAAAACAAGGCGAAAAGCGCACAAAUGUGGCAGUAUCAGUAUUUUUGUUCUGUCUGUUUUUACAGCGGAACAUUGAGAAGGGCGUAGAAAGGAGGAACAGGACAUUGGCCGUUGCUUAAAUAAAUCGAUCCGGAGCAGCAAGCGAGCGAGCGAGCGAGCUAGCAACUGGUUGGUCGUAGCUGGUCGCUAGGCAACUACUGUUUUAGCAUUAAUCUUGUUCACCCCUUGAUACGAUGCACAACAUACAUUUUGCUACGUUUCGGAACAUCCUGCCACCUGCCACAAGCAGCGCAGUCUUGGAUCUUUAAACCCCCUUUUCAAUGUGCAGCUUUGAAACCAGACAAGCUGCUGUGCACCUAGAAAAUGCCAUUUGCAUUCUUCCACCUUAACGUUGUCAGUGUCACACAACUUUAUAACAUUAUAAUCACAACAACAAAAA